AUGCCAUCCGCUCGACAGAGGGCGUCAGCUAAUGCCCCCGACACAUCAACAGUGUCCCUGAAUGAGAAAAUUCUCAAGGAAUGCCACGAUUUAUAUACAGAGAAGGAGAAAGGUAUUUUAAAAACCGCUCUCUGUUUACUCGUGACGUGGAUUUUGGAACUCUCUCAAUUUUUACCUUGUUUUGUACGUUCCUUGAUCGUUGAAAAUCUUGUAAUAUUUAGGUCUCAUCACUAUUGCAAGUGGUCUGGGAUUGAAUUUACUUGCCCCAAGAAAAAAGAUCACAAUUUUACUACUUGGAAACCAUUCUGCAGGGAAAAGUUCAUUUAUAAACUGGUAAGCCGCAUACUGCAACAGUAGGUUAGCUUAUUGAGGUUUUCUUUUUCCAAAGUAUUGGCCAUGGACAAGAUUUAUUUUAGAGUGAAGGCUUUUAGAAACCGCAAUAACAACUUAUUACCCCGCAAAUUAAAUUUUAAUCCUACAGCUGUUGCCAGCUGUGACGCUUCGAUUUUCUUUGAGAAGGUCGAAGAUCUGUUUCUAAUCACAGGUUGCCCAGUCGUACGGUGUCAUGCAAAAAUGAAAUACAGUCAUUUCUUCCGAAAAUGCAAACACCUGAGGAGUAGUUUGAAAAGAGGCUGUGGUGUUGUGUUGGUGGAGGAGUACGUGAAAUACAACAAAAACAACAACAACUAAACAAAAUUUGUUGGCUAUUAGUGAAUAUUAAAGAAACCACAAUACUUAAGAACCCAUUGGUAGCUUCAAGCUAUUUCAUAAAUUGAGUUCAUCAUUGACUGAAGACCACAUCAGCAAAAGUUCACACUCACUGUUUCAAAAUUCACUGCUCUUACUCCAUGCCGUUCAGUUUGCCAAAAAACUGUUGAAGAAUUUUUGUGGUGUUGUAUUCUAAAAGACUGUAGAGUGCUGGACUUGAAAUCUGGAGGCCCCGAGUUUAAGUCCCACCUGAUUACUUGGUGGAUUGGUUCUUGGUAGUCCUAAGUUCAAAUCCUCAGCCACCCUUGUAAAAUAGCCAACUGGUUUGCCUCCUACCAGUUGGGAUUCUUAAACAUAAUUAUGCUCUCUUUGAAUUAUGUUGUUUCAUUAUCCCUGAAGAGCCCCAUAAAGGGGUCUGCCAGUGGAUUAUUAUUAUUAUUAUUUUUUCCUAAUUCUCAAGUUAAAAUAGAAAGAAUGUGACUACUAGUAAUAUUUAAAAGAUUGUCCAAAUUUUGAGUCAUGUGAUAUUCCUCACAGGAAUUUGCCUUUUGUCUUUUGGUGGAAGUGUGGCACCUACACUUGUAACUAAGGAAUACAUGUGCUUUCUAGACUUCCAUAGACUUUUAUACUGUAGGCUUUAGGUGACCCAUAUUACCCAUUUUAACACAAAUAUCAGGUAUACAGUCAGUCAAUUCUCUUUAAGAUAUGCACCUUUGGGACAGGCACUAAGUGUAUAUCUUAAGGAGGUGUCUGUCUAGUUAUAGAGAUUCAAAUAAUGAGAGUAAAGAAAGUUUGGGUUCAGUUUUAGGUGUUUGUGUUAACAAGGUGUCUGUCUUGUAGAGCUGUCCAUUGAGAGAGAUUCUCAACUGCAUAUUAAUAGUUACAUACUUUUGUUUGGGCUGUAUGAACAGGUCUUCCAUGGACAUUGAUUAACCCUUUAAACCCAAAUAUCAAAAUUCAAAUUCUCAUUUGUUAUCUCUAUGCGUUUUCAAAAGAAAUAGUGGGGAGAAUUUGUUGAAGGAUCAAUUAGAUUCAUCUUGUGUGAUCAUGUCCUUAAUUCUCAUCACCACUCUGUUUUAUAAAGCCGUGAUAUUACAAGGCGAAAUUUGACGCUGAUCACUCCUAGGGCUUAAAGAGUUAAUGUAACUCUGAUGCUUUGUUUUAACAGGUAUGUGGAAGAACAUGUGCAGAAGACUGGGGUUGCUAUUGAAACUCAAGGAUUUACUUUUGUCACCAGUGGAAAGAAGCGAGAAUCUUUGACGGUAAGACUGAUUAGUGUAGUGUAGAUUAGUAGUGAAUGUGUAGGCCCAAAGAAAAGAAAUGUUUUGAAAUACUUAGCUGUACAUAGGACAAUCAACUCUAAAAGACAUAAACCUGGCUAAAAUGGUCAUCUAGAGUUAAUUGUGCCAUUUUUUACUCCUAUGUUCAGUUGCCUCUCCAUAAGAUAGGCAUUUUCCUAUUAAUAUUUUGGCACAAAAGUUCAGCGUUUCUAAUUUCACAUGUGAAGUUACAAAAUUGCCAUGGCAAUGUUCCAUACAUCUCAGUGCCAAGAUGGCAGCAAAGUGCUUAAGUUCUCGAUCAAUAAUCAGUUUGAUAAACAUGUCAAAACCUAUGAUUGUGAACGUAAUUUGCCAUCCAUGAUAUUAAUAGGUAAUCAAAAUUGUUUACUUGUGAAAUUUGUCCAAAUCCUAAUAAUUUUCCUUGCCUUAAGGCUCGGGAAAUUAUUAGUAGAAUAAUUUGGACAAAAUGCGUGUUAUUUCGUUAUUUCAAUGCACAUGCAAACUCCUUACUGUUAAAUUUUUCUCGUUGAUUAAAAAUUAAAGAAAUUCUUUCACAUAGUUACAAUGUACAUGAAGUACAUUUAGGAAGGGCCUGAAAGAGAUGAUUUAAGUUGGUUGAACAAAGUGUGAGCAAUAAUGUCACCUUAUUUUGUUAAAUUGCUGUAGAGUUCCGAAAGUAACGACCCUCGUUACUUUCGGACUUAGCAGCCUUUUCCUAUCGCUACUUUUGGAGGGUCGCUACUUUCAGGAGGUCACUACUUUUGGGCUGUUAAAACGUGUAUCGUACAUGGGCCAUAUGAAGUUAUGAUAAUAUCGCGACAAUUCUGAAAACAUUCACACUUUUUAAUUGAUGAAACUUAUUUCAUGUUAUUGCUUUUUAAAUAAAUAUUCAAAAGAAUAUUGUUUGAUUACGGUGUGGGUUUUCACAGAUAAACGGAAGAUUUUUGAAAACAAAAAAUAGAUGUGAUGUACCUUUUGAGUUACAUAAAAACUCUCACAGAUCAUUAUAACUAUUACAAAAUUAAUCUCGGAUCAGUUUGGUGAAUCUUGUUGUAACUAUAAUUUCUGUUGUAGCAAGAAGGGAAAUCACUUUUGAAGUUGCCACUUCCGUAGGGUCGUUAUUUUCAGAGGGUCGCUACUUUUGGCAUUUGCUAACACCUGUGAAAUUUUAUUGCUACUUUCGAAGGGGUGCUACUUUCGGGGGGUCAUUACUUUGGGAACUUUACGGUAUCUUAAUUUUAUCAAUUUCUAACAGGGAAAUGCUACAUUACAUCUUUACCCGCAUUUCAAAUCAUUACAAGAUCUUAAAGGUAGGGAAUGAUAAUUUCUCUUAAUAAAAUUGUAUCUGCUGCUGGUAUACAUGUUUCAGUUGGGCUAAACUUGGCUGUCAGUAUACAAGUUUGUGUAACUUGGAAAAACAAUCUUAUUACCAUUUUGUUAAGAUUCUCAAUAUUUGAAUAAUAAAUAAAUGUAAUUGUAAAGAAAAAAUGGGGUUUUUUCUCUUGUAGCAGCCAUGUGGUGGGCUGUUUAUACAUUUUGUAUUCACAAUAUUAAUUUUGUUGCAAAGGAAGUGUUUUUGAGGAUUUGAUGCUUACAUUAAUACAUUCCAAAAUUGUACAGUGAUAUACAUGUAGCUAUAUAUGACACAUGUUAAUCUGGUACUAUUCUUUUGACUAAAUAUCCUUGAUUUUUAAUUUAGAUGCGACUGUAUAUUGAAUGUAACUUAUGCUACCUCUGUAGGUGUUGUUGAUUACUUGACGACUGAAAUUUCAACAUCAAAGCAAAAAAAGUUCAGUUUGGUGACAUUUGUCGACACGCCAGGGCUUGUUGAUGGAGAUAUGAAAUAUGCGUUUGAUGUGGAUGAUUCUAUUCUUUGGUUGGGUGAGUACCGACCGUCAGUUAUGCGUUAACCCUGUUUACAUGAAGGUAAGGGACCCCGGAUAGGUGAGGUAACAUGUGGCAAGGUCACCACACCUAUCAUGUCAACGUGAUCAAAUUAAAAUGAGAAAUUGCACGGACAGGUGGGUUACCCCACCUAAGGCAUGAGCGCAUUAUCUCACCUACCUGGGGUCCCCCACCUCCAUGUAAAUAGGGCCUAAGUCUCAAGAGUGAUCAACAUCAAUUUUCUCCAAACAAUAUAAAUACAUUAUAAAGGGAAAAGGUACUGAGAAUUAACCAAAAUGAUCAUCCGUACUUUGUAAUUGCCUCUUACCAGGUAAACCUAUCAGGUAAUGUUAUACAUGUACCUUUCAAUAAUAGACAUUGUUCAAUUUCCAGGUAAUCUGGCUGAUCUCAUCUUUGUCUUCUUUGAUCCUAUUGGACAAGCACUGUGUAAACGGACUCUUAAUUUAGUUGGUAAGUGUAGCUUUUUCAGCGGAUAAGUAUUAUAAUGAAAUCAACUGCAUUAUACAUGUACACUGGAUAGAUUUAUUCACAGGAUAGCAUUAUCCACCUUUUGAGCAACUGGGGCCUGGUCCAUGGAAUUAGACACCAUACACUUCAGAUGAGAAUUUGUAUAGGUAAAAGCAUGAUUAGUAGUGAUAUUUGGAAUAAAUACCACAAGUGAUAUUUCAAAAUUGUUAUACGUAUUUGGUGAGUGAAAUUUUGGAGACAAUUUUGAAAUGUCAUGAGUGGUAUUCAUGCCAAAUAUCAUGUACAAAUCAUGCUAUUAUUUGUUUAUACUGCUACCCAUAAAAGGCUUAUAAUUUUCACAUGUAGUUAUUUGAAAUUAAGCUGAAAUACCACUGCUCUAAGCCAAUCAAACUGCAGAAAUUUCUCAUGUAGUAGUAUAAGAGUAUGUAGUAUUGCAUUAUUGCAUCAGUAACUUUCGACCAUAAUUAACAUCAACAUUUAUUUGUAGUUGACUUCUGACCCUUUUUGUUCAUUCUUCCAUGCAGAGAAACUAAAUGAGAGACAUGCUGACCGAAUCAGGUUUUUUCUGAGCAAAGCUGAUUCAGCAGGGCAUGAAAGUGACAGACAGGUACAUUUUUGUAUUUGAAUACUUCUUCAAGGAAUGAGAUGGACCACACACUUUAUCAAAGGCAAGACUGUUCACACUCCGUAAGAUCAUUGGGAUUGAGCUUUUUGUGUUACGUGCAGCCAUCUUUGUUUCAAAAUGUUCCAAGUCAAGCCUGGGGAUAGAUCUAUGGCGAUGCAUUUUGAAACCAAAGUUGCUGCCUGUAGGUAAUGGAAAGGAAAAAGUCAAAAGUGCUUAAUGUCAAUAAUGUUACAGGAAAAUACAUUGUAAGGGACUGUGAACAGUUUAUCAAAGGCUAGAAUAACACAGUUGCUGGACUGUGGAAACAUUAAAUUACAAGAGUUACAUUCUAGUGAUAAAACAUUGAAAAUCCAUUGUUCUGGUAGACGUUUCAUCUCCCAGUAGACUCCUUUACUCAUUUAUUGGAAUUAUUAAUACGUCCACAAAGUAGAGCAUAGAAUGAAAACAAAGAACACUUGUAGUCAACAAAUGCACACUCAAAUACCAUUUACAUUGAUACACAAUGUAGUAAGACUGUAUUUGCUUUGAUUUGUUUUUUUUUGUUUUCCACACAUUUACACGUAAUGUCUACUUAAGCGUAGACAAAAUGUUAUUUCUUUAUUGAACUGACCCUUGGUUUAAUAAAACUUCAAGCUAAAAUAAAUUAAUAAAAUUUAAUCCCAUAUGAUAAUAAAGAGAUUUAAAGUCAUGUUUACUGCAAAUGGCAUUUGUGAAUUUGUGCCACGUGACCACGUUUUUCCCUGCGUUUAACUGUUCUUUACUUCCACAAAUAAACAAUAUUAGUUAAACAGUGUUGUUAUCUGAUCAUUUUCUAUUUUGAGAAAUUCUCAACUUGAGUCUGCUGUUUGCCAUAAAUGUGCCUCUAAAACUCUCAAAUAUUGCAUGAUUAAUACUGAGCCCAUCUUUUUGCUGUUUUUUAGAAAGUUUUGAUGCAGAUAACCCAGGAACUCUGUAAAAGACCAGGACUCAAUAAAGCAGGAUUUGAAAUGCCAACUAUUUUUAUUCCAACACUGCUGGACAAGGUAUGUAAAGUGAAUACACAACACUCACUAAUGUGUCGCCACAGACUGUAGAAUAUCUAUAUUGAAAGAAUGUUUCUUUACAGCCUGCAAGAUGUGCUAAUCAAAUUGAAGAGGUGUGCAAGGAGAUUGAGAAAACAAUCAACCAGACAAUACAAAAUACUCUUAACACACUUGAAAAGGACUGUGAGAAAAUUGCUGACUUGGUGGAUGAAAAGCUAAGGAAUGAUUCGUGAGUAGUAUAUGACAUACUUUAUCAAUGUAUUCACUGUGGUGGUAGCCUCAAUACAGCCACCACUCCCCAUUCCUUGUUGCUAAAGUUGUUUCGUGGGAGAGAGGUCUGUGACUCAGCCGCAAAAAUUUCAUGCUGAUGACGUGAAUCAAUGUUUUCUUAAUUACUGUGGUAGUCAUGGGGUUCCACAUCUAAAUUUGUUUGAGGAGUUGUUUUGAGCUCUUCUGCGAAUGAGCAACAGCAAAGUUUAUAUGCUUGUGGUAAAGAGGUCUAUAAUCCACAAAUAAUGACCGCUUUUUGGUAGAUUCAUGGAGUUUGCAUUAAUUUAUCUCUGUGACCUUUUGUCAUUUGUCUGUCAUUUGUAAACAACAGCUGAAAAAAGAGAAUAACUACGUCAAUCAAUCAGUGCUCAUUGACCAGAUUCCAGACAAAUCUACGUCAUCAGUAUGGAAUUUUAUGGGCCGAAUUGCAGACGAGUCUUUCCCGUGAAACCUCCUUAGCGGGGAGGAGCAAGGAGAGAUGGACAUGUAUUAACAGGCCAGUGGUGGAUCCAGGGGAGGGCCCCAGGGGGCCCGCCCCCCACCCCCCUUAUUUUUAGACCAAACUGAGGCCCGAAGGGCUGAAAAACAUUUUUUUGAGACUGCCGCCCCCCUUAUCUCAGGGUCUGGUUUACCGGGUCCCCCUCUUAUCUGUAGGUCUGGACCGCCACUGCUGGCUAUCAUGGUGGAACAACUUGUCAAGUUCUGUUUUCUGAAAGCAUGAAGUUGGUUUUUACUUUUUUUUUUCCAGAGAGGCACGUUCACAUAAUCUGCGUGCAAGAAUCAGAGGCCUGUUUUUUGGUUUCUUGGGUAUCCUUCUUCCUUUUGUCUUGUUGGUCAACUUUCUUGCCAGCAGCAGUGCUAAAGGAACCUUGGACAAUUUUGUUGGGAAAAAUGUUUCAGAAAAACUCCAUAUUUAUACGGUAAGGGCAAUAUUAUUUUCAACAAGUCAGUGUUAAAGUGUGUUCUGAACACGUGCAUCUGAGGUCGUAAAUUCUUUGGCAUGACCAAUAAUUAAAUGCACUGUUAAACCUUUUUGGCGGCGUUUUAACUGUUGAUAUUUGUUUUGUUAAUGAUAUUUUUAAAGAUUAAUUGGGGCACCCCUCAAAACCGACACCCUUGGGCAAAAUGUCAGUGGGAAGGUUAAAGAGGGGAGUGAAUAAAUUUUAUUUGAAUUGAUGCCUUGUUUAAUAUUUCAUUUUUCUAACUUUUCUCAUUUUGCAUUGCUAGGCGCCUGUUGAGAAGAUGUGGAUGUCUAUUCCUGUACAGUACCAUAACCAUGCCCUUAUUGGAAUGCUAGUGUUUUCCUUUGUACUUUUAAUUGUUGCCAAACUGUUCUCAAGGUAACAUCUGGCCAUUCAUGUUUUGUCCCAUAUACAUUGUACUGUUUAUUUAGCCUGAGAAAACAGCCUACAUUUCACGACGCCACCACGGAUUUUCCCGUAAAAUGACGUCUGAGGAACGACUGCUGAAAUGCUAUACUGAUGACGUGUUACUACCCAGAUACAGGCAGUGCUUCUGAUUGGUUGAAGCACAUUUCCCUCGUGGCUCGACCAAUCAGCACUACCCAGAUCUGAGUAGUGACAUGUCAUCAGUAUGGAAUUUCUGCACUCGUUUCUCAGACGUCAUUUCGCGGGGAAACCACUGGUUGCGUCGCGAAAUUUCGGCUGUUUUGUUAGGCUACUGUUUAUUUAGACAAAACGCAGAUUUACUCUCUGUACUCGUGAAUUAUGAACACAUCCCUUGCAGAGCCGAUCUAGACUGCAAGCACUAAGGGUAACUGGCUCACAGUGGGUAAUUCGUUCAGGUUUAAAUUUGAAAGUGAAUUAGUAGAAAGUUUCGGAUCAUUAUACGUCUCUGGGAAACUGCCGACCUACCCCUCCCCUAAACCAACGUUAAAUCUUACUUCUCACUUGGGGCAAAAUGUUGGUUUGGGGGAGGAGUAGGUAGGCAGUUUCCCAGAAACGUAUAUUGACCUUGCAAACAAAGCCCCAUUACCUGAAACUGAAAUAGAUAUAUUGCCAUCAGGGCUGUCACUGAGAUUUCAAGUUGCUGGGUAAAUACGACAAGUAGGUGGGGGAUCAAACAGCUAAGGAUCUCUUCUGGUUCUCUUUUUCUUCUAUUUCUCAUAAAAGUAGCGCGGAGUCACGUUCAUAAUAGCUGGGGGAAAUCCCCGUCUCCCAACCGUUAAUGACAGCCCUGAUUCUGACUCUUUCUCCGUGAUUUUGCUAACCUUGACUCUGGAAGAAAUAGUUGGAAGUAAGAGUGUUAGACGGUAUGCACAAUUCUAAAAUAUAAAUUAUUGUAAAAAGCGCCAGUUUGUGUAUUAAUAGCGGUUAGCCGCUUUCACAACACGGCCCGUUACAAGCUUUUUGCGUGGCUUUCAGUCAGUGGGGACGAUAGCUGGCUUGCUUUUUAUACAAGAAGACCGGGAGUACUAUUUUUGAUGUGUCUCUCUUGUCCUCCAGAUUAAGACCCACCCUGACAAGGAAACAGAAAAAACUUCUUUUAGAACAGAGAUCGUACGUUCAAGGAUACGUUAAGGGACACAAGGUAUACUUAUCUUCAUAUCACUUUCUUUUGUAAUUUAUUUUCUAUUCAUUCAUCCAUUCGUUUAUCCGUCCAUCCAUCCGUCCAUCCAUCCAUCCAUCCAUUUUUUUACUUUCUUGAAAAGAAAAGAGAGGCAGCUUUUGAUGUGGCUUUUGUAUUUUCAAUCACAGGAGCGACUUUACCGGGAAUAUCUCCAGCAAAGUGUUGGAUCACAUGACUUUGACAGCGUCAAGUUCUGAAUCUUGUCCUUCGUUCAUGUAAUAUAGAGAGUUAAAGCAUCACGUAUACUGUAAACGGCAAACGCCAGAUUCAACAACAACAAGACUUUAUUUAGCCAAGGUGAAACCAGAAUUACACAAGAAAUUUUUUAUCUGGGCCCCUUUAAAUUAAAAGAAACAGAGAAAGAAAAGAAAAGGAAAUAAUUACAAUUAUAACACUUAUAAUCUAAUACUAAUGAAGGAUAAAAAACCAUGCCAAUAAAAAUAUAUAUAUUUAUUUAUAUACAUAAUAUAAAUAAUAUAAAAGUUGAUCAAUAAGGGAAUACAAGAGAGGCGCCUCUGCAUAACAAUGACUGAUUAUGGACAUCCUGUACGAGUCAAAAUCAGACUUCUUUGAGAUUGGAGAAGGCCAUCUUCAAAUAGUUUCUUUUGAACGAGGAAAGCGAUGUUGAAGUUUUAACGCUAUCCGGUAGCAAGUUCCAUUCACUAGAAGCGAGGAAGACAAAAGUACGUUUGC